AUGACGAAGGGCGGGGUGACAACCGACGCGUUGGACGCAGAGCCUCUUCCCCCUAUAUCCCCACCACAGCACUCAGAUCCCCAUAGCAGCAACAACGGAAACGGGGCUCAUAAUAUCAACGGGACAGAUAUGGAAAAUGCGAUUAAACCGGCUGAUUCUCCACAAGACGAGGAAGAUGAUUCAAAAUCCACUACUAGCGAGCAGGACAAUGAACGUGUUCGGGAAAAACUCAAAAAGACAUCUAUCGCGAAUGUUCGAUCCGACUCCUCCCUUGCUGGCGAACACGGCGAGAAGGACGAUGCGCUGAGCAAUGCCGUCUCAGAAGCAGAUCAAGACAUGAGCGAUGGAAAAGAAGACGAUACUCGACGGCGGAGGAAGAGAAGUUUCGACGAGACCGAGGGCGACGGGGAUGGGGAUGGUGGUGGCAAGGAUCAGCGCCCUCGGCACAGGGUUCACGAACGGAAAAGGAGUAGGGAAAUUUCAGACGAAGAUAUGGCCAAGGCUGCUAAAGCUCUCAACAGAGUAAAGACUCCACCAACACAUCCUGAAGAAGACGAAAUCAUGUCACAGGGUGAAGAGGAGGCAAGCACAUCGAUCACCAGCCCCCGAAAACUGGAGAGAAAGAGGGGCAGAGGCAGGCUCGAUGAGGAUGAAAAGGAUAAGGAAGUGGACCCCAAAAAGAAAAUUUCUAGGAAAGAGGAGGAAUGGAACAGAGUAGUCGAGAAGAGCAUGCCAUCUACGAACAGGGGAACCACAAGUGUUAAUGUUUCUACCUCUGGGAUGGCCAACGGCGGAGACCUUGUCACUGUUGAAGCAGCCACUGUGAAGUCUUCAGAGGGAGAGCAGCUCCCCACAAACAGCGGAUUUGCAAACACCUCCGCAAAGUCUCCCUUUGCCACUGCAGGUUCUGGCGCCAAGCCACUUUUCGGACCAGGUACCAGCGCUUCCGAUCUAUUCAAGAAUUCGAAAUUCGGCGCCGCAUCUUCGUCAACAACGUCUCCAUUCGCAUCAGCGUCUCCAUUUGCAUCGACAAGUUCGUUUUCUCCAUCCCCAUUUGGUUCUAUAAAUGCACAAUCAUCUGGGUCAGCGAGUCCUUUUGGAGCUGGCGGAUUAAAUUGUGGCAGCAAGGCCAAGCCCUCUGGAUUUGGUAUUGGGUUCAGCAGUGGAUACGGCCCCUCUGGUUUUGCAGCCCUUGCCUCGAAAUCGGGUGAUGUUAUUUCGUCGGCACCCAAAUUAACGAAGCCGCUUGGUGGCAUCUCAGCGAAGCCGUUCGGAGCACCUGAUGAAGAUGACAAAAACACAAGCGACGAAGACGAUGAGGGAAGUGAUGGGGAUGCCGAAGAAAAGAAAGAAGAGCCCACAACUGAUGAAAAGGCAGAAAUCUUCACAGAGCAAGAGGUUGUAACUGGUGAGGAGAAUGAGAUGACCAUCUUUAAGACCCUUGGCAAAAUUUUCUUCUUCGAUAAAGAAAACAAACAGUGGAAGGAGCGCGGCCGUGGGACUCUCAAGCUCAAUAGAACCGUUCCUUUCUCUGGAGAUGAUGAUGAAGAAGCAGGCGCUGGAGAGAAGUUUAAAGAUAGUGCGAGAUUGAUCAUGAGGACGGAAGGGACAUAUCUGGUCGUUUUGAACGUACCAAUCUACAAAGGCAUGAAAAUAGGCGGCGAUUCAAGUGGCAGCGUGCCAACAUCGAACCAAUUGUACUUCAUGACCCUGGAAAGCGGAACUCCGAUACAGAUGAUUAUUAAGUGUAAAUCAACAACUAUCGCGAAGGAGCUGCACAAACAUGUUAGCGACUUGCAAGAAGAGUUGUUCACAUAG